GCCUACCUAUCGGGGAAAGUAUACAUUUAUCCGAGCACGCGCCGAGGAUAGAUAUUCCUGUCUUUCCCUAGGGAAAAACCUUGUCUAAUAUAGCGUGCACCACGGUGACGUCACAUAGUACUGGUACCAUUGUGACGUCAUAAACUUUAUAAAUAAUGUCAGGAAAUACCCAAACUUAUUUGUCUUCAGAUCUAUUUUGAACAUGAUAGGCAAGAAAAAUGAUCUAACAUGCCUGCCUGUGUAAGACAGCUGUUUUCCCUACCCUCGGGACAGCAUGGAUAAAAAACCUCGCUAACGCUCGGUUUUCCAUUCCACACUGUCCCUCGGGUAGGGAAAACCCCGUCUUACACAGGCAGGCAUGUAAGAUCCUUAUAGUCUUUGUAUAUGACCCUACAUUUCUAGUAUUUAUAGGAAAUAUUUUUUGUCGAAGUUACUCAUAAUACAUUGCUUGGUAAUAUAGAUUUAUACGAUUUCAAACACAUCCAAUUAUAUGUUAAUAAAUAAUGAAGAAUAAGGUCAGAAGAUCUUAUUUAAACGGCAUAAAUAUCUGAUCAUAUUUACUGGCUCUUUUGGAAUGGAAACAAAAACAGCACCAAAUAAUUAUCACUCGAUUCGACUUCAAACUCGUUUGACAAUUUGCAAACAUGAAUAAUGAUAAUAUUAAAUUACAUUCUUUUGAAAUCCAAGGUUAUUUAAUCGCUAUGUACGCGCGCAUGCGUAGAAACAUAGUUACAUAUGUGUUUGCUUUUUCGUCAUGGCGGAAAUGAGCCCUGGAUAAUACAGUAGUUUGAGGUCUAUAUCAAACAUGACGCACCAAGAUCAACUUGCAAAUGUCAAAUACCGAAAUUGGGUGAGAGGUGGGCUUGGUAUAAAGUACGUUAAAGAAGGCUUGGAACCAUUCUGUGACCACCUGGCUACACAACAGCAUAUUUAUAUCCUGAAUAAAGUUCAACAGGCACACAAUCUUUUAGCAGUGUCUUGUGGGCAAUGCGAUGUACGGACUCUCCAGCCUAAUCAUGUCCGAACAAAAAAUAACCAGUGCCCUCUUGGUCAAACUCACUGUAACUGUCUACGUCCGGGCGGGAAAACUUUGUGUCCGAGCAAUGUAUGUGGGGCCAUAUAUGAUGAAAUUAUUCAACUCCAUGCAUCAACGCCUCCAGCGCCGUACUGGAAGAACACAGAUGCACGUCAAUGGUGCACUGAACCAUGGUCUGUAGCAAAAUGUUUUAUAAAUGCCCCAGGAUAUGAACAGAAAACGAAAGCGAGUGAGUUCGACUGCCUUGGCUUAUUACAUGUGCUGAUUAACAACAAAGGUUUUCAACAACACAUCAAGUGUCAGAUUUCUGGUACAGACGUUUUCUCGAGGGUACGCAAGUCUAGAAACAAUAUAUUUCAUUCCCAUACUAUGGAACUAGCAGACAGUGAGGUUAACAGUUAUAUAUGUGAUAUGAUUGAACUGUUGGAAGAUGAAAGGGAAAUUAAACACAGGCAAGAAACUAAAGAUGCGGUCAAAAGGCUGCAAGAGCUUAAACAGAACGAAUUUGUUAUAUCAACUAAAGACGAGGCCGAAAUUCAUCGAGUUGUCAUGGCUGCAAUUGAUGAGAAAGAAAAGGAACUUAAACAGACGAUAGCGGAUGCAGGAAACAAACUUAAAUCUAUCACUGAUGAAGGAAAACAUGAUAUUGAGGAGAAAGGUCUAGUUAUUGAAUCUGAACUUGAGCUGACUGGACAGAAAAUCACAAGGGUUUUGGUGACGAAAGAAGAUGAAAUAAAAACCACAGCUAUUGAAGGCAAGCACGAUAUUGAGGGGAAAGGUGUAGUCAUUAAAUCGGAACUCGAGCAGAUAGGACUGAAAAUCGGAAAAGAAUUGGUCAUGAGAGAAGACGAGCCGAAAAAGGCAAUUGAACAGAGAGGAAUCGAAAUAGAAAAGCAACUCACGAGGAAAGCGGUAGAAGCAGAAGAAAAACUAGAGCAGAAACUACAAGAAUCAAAGCUUCAUUUAGAGAAUCACAAAACCUUGAUUGAAUGGGUGAUGACGAGUACCGCUGAGACAAUAAAAGAAGAUGGGACUAGCAGGGUGAAAACAGACUUUCAGGACAAGCUGGUCAGACUGUAUGAAAAACAUGUAAGGAAGGUACCUCAAUUGCCCCGACUACAUAAAAAUAAGAUGCACGUAAGUGACAUGUACGUUUCUCCCUGGAUGACUGUAGAAGAAAUGAAUGAAGAGUCUAACGAUUGGAAACAAGUUAAGAUUUCAAUGCAUCAGAUAUUCAGAAAUAAUGAAAGGGCCACAAAAUACAUCUACGUAAUCGGAGAAGCUGGUUCAGGUAAAACCACGUUUUGUAAAAUCCUGGUUCAUUUCUGGUGUGUCGCUCAUUCGUUUCAGGAAUGCAGUUUAGACGAACGUGACAUAAUGAAAGAAAUGAAGAGGUUUGAUUUCUUAUUUUUUGUUUCACUUCGAAACUAUCCCGACUGUGAUGCUAUAGAAAAUAUGUUAAAGAAAUCAUAUGGUGAUCCUGCGCUUGGAGGUAUUUUACAAAAUGACUCGGGUAAAUGUCUUAUUGUCCUUGACGGUCUUGAUGAAUGGAUCCCAGAAAAAAAACCCAGUUCGCAGUUUCUGACUCCAGGUCUUCCUGGACGCGAGCUCGAUGCGGACUAUACUAUUAUUACAACUUCAAGACAAUGGAAAUUUGAUGCUCUGCCAAUAAGUGAUAAUGAAGUAGAUAAAAAAAUCAAACUAAAUGGAAUUGAUAGGUAUCAAAUUAGAGCCCUCACUGAGAAAACAGUCGAAACAUUAAAUGACAUCUGUAAAGUAAGAAAACGUGCAGACAAUUGCAUAACUGAUCUUCAAAGCAGACAUUUGUCCGAGAUUUGCCAUACACCAUUGAUCUUGCAACAACUAAUCUGUCUAUGGUAUAAUGGUAAACUCCAAGAUAAUUCGAAGUGUGCUAUAUACGGAAGUAUGUUAGACCUCUUUCUAGAGUGGAAAGCACUUGGUACUUUAGACAACCAGAAACCACUAUUUGAGGUCGAGCGCGACCGUAAAAGAACAAAGGCGAUACAGCACCUUUCACAUUUAGCUCAUGAAACCUUAUUUGACAAAAAUAAAGAAAACACACUGGAAUUUAGUAUUUUAACACUUGCCCGUCUGAGCAUACCAGAUGAUGUGAUAAGGGACUGUUUGAACAGUGGUAUCUUAAAACAAGAGCUAAACGUAAGUUUGUGUGAAAGUAAGCGGUCAUCAAUUUCAUUCUUUCACAAAUCAGUGCAAGAAUAUCUAGCUGCAGUGUAUAUAGCUAGUCAGUUCAGAGAAAUGCUAAAUUCGCAGGAGGACGAACAUGGUCUUAAACAUGUCUGCAAAAAGUGUGUAGAGAAAUACUUCGGUAGUUGCAAAACGGCUGUUGAUAUUUUAGAGCAGUCAAACGUGUUUGUUAUGCUUUGUGGAUUAGAACCACGGCUGCUGACAGAUAUUAGUAAAUAUAUAUAUAGCACAGUAUUUGUUGACAAAAUGGUAAUUGAGGAAAGAAAUACAUUUCCUAAAAAGUUCUUUUCAGAUCAUCAUAAAUUGAUCAAAGAUAUCCAAACGUGCAUUUUUAUGUGUAUUGAAGAAGUUAUGUCGAUUGCAAAAAAUGUUCACUCGCCUGUUUAUAUUGCUGAUAUUUACGUUUCCCAUUCGAUGGAUUUGCUACGUUAUUGUCAUAAUAUUAUUUUGCAAAAUGUUCAGUCGAUAGCAAUAGAGAAAAUUCCAUACAGCAUGAUCGGACGUUAUAAUAAAAAUGAUAAAAAAACAAUUCCUCUUGCCUUGCAAAAUUUAGCAAAAUGUGAACAAUUAAAGGUAAUGAAAUUUGAAACCGAUUACCAUAGUGAGGAUCUUAUUAACAAUGAAAUUAGUAUAAUACUUGAGGCAAAUGUUCACACGCUUGAAACUGUCAGUUUGUUAUUUAUAGAAAAGAGAAUUUUAACACGUAUUGUUUCUAUUCUACCAAAGAUGCGACAAUUAACGUCUCUCCAUGUGAAGAAGAAUAUUUAUGCAGAACGUUUACCACAUGAUGGUAUUUUAUCGUUGGGUAAAUUCCUUGAUCAGAAUACAAAUCUUCAGCAUAUAACUCUGGAUAUUGAUUGUGAGAAGUACGACAAACACAUGAUAGACCUGUCGAAACAUAAACAACUUCAAUAUGUUGAUUUUGAGACAAGUACAUUUUGUACGGUCAAUUGUAACACUGACAAUCUAGAAACGUGUAUGCUUAGAAUUGCAAGGGGUGCCAUGAUGAAACAAGUGUGUAACUGUCUAUAUAAAGCAUAUAAAUUAAAACAUCUUGAUCUGUAUCACACCAGUUAUAUAGAAAUUGAUGAAGCAGAAUGUAAAACUGUUACUGAUAAUCUCAUUAGACUGUUGCCAUCAUUAAUCGGUCUCAGUACUCUAACGUUAGGGCACUUUACUUUUACUGAUAAUAUUAUAGCACGUCCGCGUGAUAUGAGGAACCUGAAAGAAAUAAUACUUUAUGGGGUAGAAAUGAGUCUUACAACGUGGUGCAAGUUUAUAGACAGUCUUCCUGUACUGCCACAAGUCGUAAAAGUAACAACAACUCCCAUGGUUUUUAGAGAUUGGUUAUUCGGAUUCACUCUGAAUGAUGAAAUGAAAAUAGAAGCUGCACAACAGUAUGUUAAAGAGAAAACAAAUUUAUUCCACGUGACACUAGGUCGCACUUAUCGUUUUCAGUUUACUACACAGAAAGUGUGACUCUGAAUGAUAUGACUUUAUUUUAAUGGUAAAUUGAAAGCAUGUGAGUUGGCAAAAGUGUCGACAGUAUUUCAUGAAAAACGUAUAACAAAAAUGUUUGAUAUUAAGCUUGUAUUACUACAUUUGAUGUAUAACUUUUAAACAUUCUGCAUUUAACUAAGUGUAAAACAAUAUGUACUUCUAGAAUUUUUUUUUCUCAAACAGCAAAGAAUAUUUGUAUAUGUGAACAAUAGUGAUAAAAUGCUACGGAUAGUUAUAGUCUGUAUAUAUAAUUAUAUUAAUACCAUCUUUACGCAAUCAAUUUGAUAUACAUACACAUGAUAAUGACAAAUACAAUUACCGUUAAUCUCGCUAUAAUAUGUUAAAAGAAAUAAAAGAAAUUUAGUUAUACUUAAGGCCUAUACCAUAUUCAUAUUUUAUCAGUUUGAGAAUGUUCGUUGAUUUACUUUUAUAUUUGAUGCAUGUAGUUUGUUUAAAAUAUUUUGAUACGAUACGGUACAGUUGAAGGUUAGACAACUUAAAUUUAUACUUACUUAAAUCACGGUCGACAUGGUUGCGCUCUAACCGUUUAUUUUAUUCUUUUUGUCCAGACUAUUAUAUGUUAGUUGUAAUAUUUGUUCUAUGGCUAGCAAUUAUUACAUGACAUCAAAAGUAAAUUUUCUUACACCAAAAUCUAAUGUUGAACUAUAAAUUGGUCAAUAGCACAGAUUGUAGACCGACGAUUUACAUAAUAUGUCAUGUAAUUAUUUGACAAAGACAUUGGUAUUCGUAUUCUGCAGAAUAUCUAAAUAAUUUCGGCCAAAUUUAUUGAUGUCUACUAUUGCCUAAAAGAAUGCAAAAAUAUAUUACAUUUCAAAGCAGACUCAGUUGUUAGUUAUAAUUAAGUAAACGGUACUACAGAAACGUCAUUUACAGCAAGAAUUUAUUUUUCACCAAUUUUGAUUGGCUUCCGGGUUAGCUAUAUUUGCUGAAACAUCGAAAUUUUUUCUUUCUUUACCUAUUAUAGAAAAAAUCAACGUCUCUUCGUAUAAUUUGAAUCGUCGUUAAAGUCAGUACUGAUAGGUCAUUUUUAAAAACCAUAGUAGUGUUAGUUUAUUAUAAUAGUAUGUAAAACAUGCACGAGUUCUACACCGGAAAUAUUGCGCGACUUUAGGUGUGCAAUAUUAUUCAACGAAGGAAAGUGUGCAAAUUUCCCGAUGAAAAUCUAAUAAUCUUUUUAUUACAUAAGCAUCUACGUUAAAACUUGAUAAAUGAUAUAUUUCUGUGCCCCCAUGAGUGGUUGGGGCAUAUAAAUUUGGUCUUGUCCGUGUGUCCGUGUGUCCGUGCGAGCGUGCAUGCGUCCGUGCGUCCGUCCAAAUUCGUGACGUGCCUAGCUCGAAAAGUAUUUGAUAUAAUGACGAAGUCUUUAUCAUGAUAUAAACAUGCGCCCCACCUAUUUUUCGUCUGGCUCCGCCCCCUUUUUUCAGAGAUAUGGCUCCUGAAAUAUUCAAAAAUGCACAUUUUCACCUUGUGAUACGCCUAGCUCAAACAUUGUUUGAUAUAAAUUCAUGAAACCUUGCAAGAGUCUUAAUUAUGAUAUGAACUUGCGCACCUCCUAUUUUUCAUUUUGGUUCGCACUUUAUUUUCAGAGUUAUGGCCCGUGAAAUAGUAAAAACGCAAAUUUUCAUCUCGUGACGUGCCUAGCUCAAAAAGCAUUUCAUAUAAAUUGAUUAAACCUUGCAUGUGUCUUUAUCAUCAUAUGAACUUGGGCACCUCCUAUUUGUCGUCUAGCCACGUCCCUAUUUCUAGAUUAAUGGACCCUGAAAUUUUCAAAAAUGCACAUUUCUACCUUGUGACAUGCCUAGCUCAAAAAGCAUUUGAUAUAGAUCAAUGAAACCUUGUAUGAACCUUAAUCACGAUAUGAACUUGCGCACCUUCUAUUUUUCAUUUGUGUCUACUCCUAUUUUCAGAGUUAUGGCCCCUGAAAUAUUUAAAAUGCACAUUUUUACAUUGUGACGCACCUAGCUCAAAAAGUGUUUAAUAUAAAUGGUUGGAAACGUGCAUAAGUCUCUAUCAUGAUAUUAACUUGCACAUCUUUAUUUUUUUUUAUUUGGCUGGCUCCAACCCCUAUUUUUAAAGUUAUGGUCCAUGAAAUAGUAAAAACGUCACAUUUUUGCCUUAUUAUGUGCCUAGCUAAAAAUAUUAUUUGAUGUAAAUUCAUGAAACCUUGCUCAAAUCUUUAUCAUGAUGUGACCUUGGACACUUGGCAUUCUUCUUGAGACUCUUUGCGCUUAUUACAGAGUGAUGGCCCCCAAAUUGGCGGAUUUCUUGUUUGUGAUGCUCAUAGCUAAAAAAAUAUAUCACCUAGAAUAAUGAAUCCUUUUCGUAAAAUGUUUGUAGAGGCUUUGCUCCAUUAAGACUGCAAACAUUUGAAUUAUUGCCCCUUAUUUUUGACAAAUGUACAAGUGGGGGUACAACCUGUGUCCUACAGACACAUUCUAGUUUAUUUAACAUAUACGAAAUUUUAAAUGAUGUCAUUAAAUACAUUUUAAACGCGACAAAACAAAUGGAAAUUAUGUCGCAAAUGACGUAAUGCUCCCGAUAUGAAAUAUGGACGUCAACAUGGAAAACAUACAAUUGACGUUUCAUGUUGCAUUAUAACCAACCGGAGUUUAUAGCCGAGUAUACUAUAUUGUGAAAAUAGUAAGUCUCUUUGUUUACAGUGACAUAAUAUGUGUGAUGUCACGUCAGAAAUAUUUUUGUUGAGAUAUUUAGAUGAAAUUUAAUGAAAGUAAAAACGGAUAUAGAUAUAGAAAAAGUUUUAAUCUUAGAAUCCGAAACAUUAGAGGUUUGAAUAUAUUUUAGCCAGAAGUUCAGUUUUAUCGCGACAUCACACAAUUACUCAGUACAAAGUCUAAUGAUAUGUAUCUUAUAUAUGACUAUACAUUUCAUGUACAAGUCUCUAGAUAAAGUUUGAAAAAGAUGUUUCAUGCUUUUAAUUUGUACAGCUUUAGCCUAAAUAUGUUGGUAGCCUUAGCUGAUCGAUAAUUAAUUUGCUGUAAUACAGAGGUGACGAUCGCCCUCAGUGCUGUAAAUACUGAGCUGUCCAGUAUCUUA